CCCAGCUGCAGUGAACGGCCUCCAGGAAGAGGAUCCCCUGGUCAACCAGACAGCCCUUGUUUCCUCUCCACUCUGGUCCUUUAUUCCACAGGGUGCUGGAGGUCAACUGAGAAGGAGUCCCCUUAAAGAAGAGUGUAUGUGCCAGGAGCUGGGUAGGUGUGUGGGUAUAUAUCUAGCCACCAGUGGUACUCUCAAGACAGAGAUGGCAGUGCCCCCGGAGCUGUUUGUCACCCCGGCUUCCACGCUGAACUCCUUCGUGGCUCACUGCCUGCAUCCCAGCCAGGAGUGGAAAAAAAAGGUGCUGAAGACUGUGCAGACCGUGGAGCAGUUCCUGAGGGAGCAGAGCUUUCAGGGAGAGCAUGGGCUGAACCAGAAAUUGUGGGUGCUGAAGGUGGUCAAGGUGGGCUCCUUCGGGAACGGCACAGUGCUCAGGGACGGCUCGGAGGUGGAGCUGGUGAUGCUUCUGAGUGGUUUCCACAGCUUCCAGGAGGAGGCCAGGCACCACGACGACGUUCUGAGCCUGCUAUGUGAAAAGCUCAGGCAUUGCCAGGACCUCCUGAGCCUCCAGCUCCAGGACCUGAGGCUGGUCCAGGGGGUCCCCUCUGCUGUCGCCUUCACCAUCCAGACCUGGGAGCCUGCGGAGCCCAUCACUGUCACCAUCGUGCCGGCCUACGGUGUCCUGGGGCCUUGUGUUCCCAACUCUUAUCCCUCCCCAGAGGUCUAUGUGAAUCUGAUUAAGGCCUGCGGUUCCCCUGGACAUUUCUCCCCAUCCUUCAGCGAGCUGCAGAGAAACUUCGUGAAACACCGGCCCGCCAAGCUGAAGAGCCUCCUGCGGCUGGUAAAACACUGGUACCUGGAGUGCGUGAAAGCCUGGUGUCUUCGGGCCAAGCUACCCCCUCUCUAUGCCCUUGAGCUACUGACCAUCUACGCCUGGGAAGUGGGUACUCAGGAGGAGGAACGUUUCCAGUUGGACCAAGGCCUGGCCACCGUGAUGAGCCUGCUCCAGCACUAUCAGUUCCUCUGUAUCUACUGGACCAAAUACUACACGUUCCAGGACCCGAUCAUUGAGGACUUUGUCAGAAAACAGCUCAAAAAAGAGAGGCCUAUCAUCCUGGAUCCGGCUGACCCCACCCACAAUGUGGCAAAAGGCUACAGAUGGGAAAUAGUCGCUCAGAGGGCCCGCCAGUGCCUGAAACAGGACUGUUGCUAUGACAACUACAAGAACCCAGUCCCCAGAUGGAACGUGAAGGAGGCACGAGACAUCCAAGUGACAGUGGAGCAGUGGGGUUUCUCGGAUUUCAUCGUCGUGGUGAACCCUUAUGACUCCAUAAGGAAGGUUAAAGGGAAGAUCCAGUGGAACCUGGGCUCCAGAGCCCUACAGCGUCUGUCCUUCCAGGAACCCGGUGGGGAGCGACAGCUCCUCAGUAGCCAGCACUCCUUGGCUGAUUACAACGUUUUCUCCAACACUCGCAUCUGUCUGCUGCAGACCACCUCCCCUGAGAUCCAGGUCUUUGUGAAGAAUCCCAGUGGUGGGAGCCACGCCUAUGCCAUUUACCCCGAUAGCUUUGUCCUGAACCUGAAGCUGCAGAUUGAAGUCAAGGAGGGGCUGCUCAGAGAGGAACAACAGCUAGAGUUCCGAGGCCAAGUCCUGCAGGAUGGGUGGAGUUUGAGGAGCUGCGGUGUCCAAGACAGCACCACCCUCAUGCUGAAGAAAGAAAGAAGAACGCUGGAAAGAAGAGAACCCAGCCAGCUCCUCUGAAAGACCUCUCUGUGCAUUUCUGCCAUUUAAUCCAGACCCCAUCAGUUCCACCUAACCUUGCCAGUAGACGGAUGACGAGGGAUAUGAGAGACUAGAUAUACAAACGAACAAUGGCCAGACCAUAUUCGACAAUAGAACUCUGACCCACAAGCUCUGCAGCCACCAGCCCGAAACCAAACCACAAUCCCUGCAUCAAUCAACCCCAAACCAUCAGGAUUUGGUCAAUAACUGCCAGCUUCCUUAUUCCCUCCCUUCCAAUUUAGGAUCGAUGAAAGCAAGCCAAACAAGCUCCCUAACCAAUCACAUAGGACCCCCUGCUUCUGCUUAGCCCACCUCCAGCUUCCCCAUGCAAACAACCUCAGUCAAGGGUAUGCCUGAAGCCUUCUCUUUUUCCCACUAUAAAGCUGUCCCACCACCCUGCUUGCCUUGGAGUCUCUGCCAAAGGCAAGGGAUGGUGGCUGAUUCCCUGGCUAUAGCAA